GAUAAGCAUGAACAACAAGGCUCAGGGAACACAGUACAGGAAAUAGUUUGUUUCCAUUGAUUGUUUUGGUUUUUUUUCUACUGAUUUACAAAUGUGCUAAUCAUGGCCCUCGAUGACAGCAGUUUGUACGCCAGGACUAAGAAUAAGCUUUGUUUGAACCAAUAUGAUUAUUAUAAAGUUGUCAGAAGAUGCAGCCUGCCCCAAGAACUUCUCUCGGGAUUUGAUGUUAAAGGGAAAAUCACAAGAAAUAUUAAGAUUUUGGAACCAUUGUACCUGAGAAAGCCUCGAAAACGGCCGUCCAUUAUCCCAGGUAAGAUGCACUUAGGAUGAGCGCACCAUGUUGGCUUAGCUGCUAAAUCACAGACAUGAUUUACAGCCUGUCAGCCUGGAACACACGUGAAUUUUAAACGCAUGUUUUUCCAUAAUUACUGAAAAAUGACAAGUAACGAAUGUACGCCUGAGGGCUUUAAACUACAGCACAAAUUGCUUUGUUUUAACUCUUUAUGACCUACCAUUCUAUUUUCAAAAUCUGGGCCUUAAAGAUCAAGUGUUGGCAACCUGGCAUGGGGAAGGGCUAGCAAGUUUUUUCCUCCAGCUUUUAAGGAACUACAAGUCCCAUGAACCUCAGCAAAAGCAUGAAAUGUCAAAGACUAGUGUAGUAUCAUGUUUGUAUAGAAGCUAUGUUAGGGCUUUCCUCAAUGGAGGCAAGUUCUGAUUUGAAAGCUGAAUAUGUUGGCUGUUCUAUGUUAGAAUGUGGGCUUCAAGGAUUGGAUUGUUGACAUGAUGGAUAGUUCUAUUGGAAUGCCAGUGUAUAUUAUUAGUCAGCAAACCCUAACUAUUUGAAUCUACAAACUGAUUUUGUAUUUGAAAAGUGGUAAGAUUCUGAAUUUUCAAAGUUAUCAAAAUUAUAUUUAUUUAAAUAUAAUUGAUAUCGAGAGAAAGUGUUAUUCCUGAUAGUAAAAUGCAUAACACAAUAGCGCGGUUUUAUGAUGUUUAUACAUUGUUCACUUUAUCCAAAAUUGUUCCAGAAUGCAUUGCGCUCAGGACAGAUUACCCAGGAUUCCAGAUUUUCUUUUCUGCAUUGCUGGAGUAUUGCACAGUUAUUCACUAACAUGUGAAGUGUUUGGCAUUCAAAGUGAACUUAACAUUUUAGACGAAAUUAUUUAAACUGAAACAUGGCGGAUUUAGAGACUUUUUCUUAUUCGGCUAUUUCGGCAAAAAAUUUAAGAAUUGAACCUCAGUUUACAUCCACAAAACUCACAUGUUAGUAAAUAGCACUUUUGGUUUGAUUUCUGUUGGCAAUCACUUAAUAUGCACAUUCAUUUUGAUGCAAUACCCGGAGUCUUGUCUGUGCCAUUUAUACACAGUUCUCACAUGACAUCAUUUCUUGAACACAAAUAGUCUGAUUGCUUAGAGGAGUAUAGAGUUGGAUCCUAGAAUUGCACAAUUUAAGCCAAACUGGCUGUUUAGCUGGCAAACAUAUUUACUAAAAUGUGAAUUGUAUGGAAUUCAGUUGGGGAUUUCUAAUUGUAGUCCAAAAUGGACAAUUUCCUCAAACCAGCUGUAUUUUCAGUUUGUCCUAGAAUAUACAUUGAUAAGAGAUACUAUAUGUAGGUAAGUUGUAUUAUAUGUAUAUAAUGUAAGCAGUAUUGUUUGCUUAGUUUCUAAUUUAGAUCAGCAUGCCCAUUUAAGCAGCAUGUUCUGUUGCACAACCUUUGCAAAUUACUGAAAGAGUUAUUGUUAAGCUUUGAGUUAUUUUGUUUGUAAAGGGCUGGCUGAAAUAAUGAGUAACACUUAUCUUGCCACUAUACAAGCCUACACUAUUAUUAAUUAAGGAGUUUCUAAGGCAAAAUCAUAACAGAAGUCACAGCAAAAUAGAAAGCCCAACUAUGGAUUGCAUUUUUUUAUUUUUCACUUGAUGUGUAUUGUUUCUUUCUUGUUUGUUUUGUUUUUAAUUGUGAAAAAACAGGGUUAUUCGCAAAAGUGAGAAGCAUCAGGAUUUCAAAGUGAAUUUCAAAUCUUAGACCACCUUUGCCAAACUGGAAGCAUAGCUAACUUAGAGCCACUUUAGCUAUUUUGGUCUUAAAGGGUAUCGCCAAACACCUAUAACACUACAGCUUGUUGAAACCCUUUGUUUUUUUUUUUCAUUUUACAAAAAGUGCAGAGAUCAAUAGAAAUUGGCAAUUUUAUAUAUUAACCUGGUUACACCCCCCCGGCUGUCAAUUAGGAAACCAGUCCUGCUACUUCCUGGUUUGGUUAUCUCAGGGAAGCUAAACUCAAGAAGCAGCAAUUCCUUGGAGCACCUGCCUUGCAAAGACUCCUCAUUGAGCUGCAUUAGGAAGUCUGUGAUUGGUCGCAUAUCUAAUAUAUGUACUAAAUAGUAUUUUAUUUUAUUUGGGCAGUGGAGAGUCCCUUUAAAUGUGAAACUUACUUUGAGUUCACGACCACUCUCACUUUAGUGAACAAUCUCAAAAUCCAUUUUUUAUUUUUAUUUUUAAAGCAGAUGGCAGCAUAUUCUUUAUCAGAUCUAGAAGGAGCCUGCAAUGAUUUUAACAUAUUUUUAGCUAAGGAAGACCAAUGCCGAUCUCUACCCAGGGGUGCCAAAUCUAUCUUUUUUUUUUUUUUCUGGUUACUAUUAUUUAUUCAUGUGGCUGGCAAUACAUGAAAAACAUUACCUUACAAUGUGCAUAAUUCAUGGUAUGCACGAUUUUUAGAAGAGACUUCAAUAUUAAUUACCUGUGCUACAUAAAAAAAAGUAUACUACGGGGCACAAUUUUUGUGUAUUUUCCAAUAGCAUGAAUAAGUGAUAUGGAUCCAGGAAAACAUGGUGUAUCUGGCAAUCCUGCCCCUAUAUAUUUUUUUUUACUACCAUGCCAUCUAAUCUUUGCCAAAACAUGGGUUUAUGGUGGUCAUGUUUGCUAACAACUGGAUGCCUGUGGUUGAGUGAGCCUGGCUUAAUGAAGACCUUCAUAAUUAGUGUGGUCAAGCCACGGGUUGCUGGUGACCACAAAAUGAACGUGUUUACUCAUAUUCUAGAAAAAAAAUGCAUUCACAACCGAUAUGUAACUUAUCACAUAAUUAGAACAGUAAGUUCAGUGUAGGUCAGUAUUUAAAGUUACUCAUGUAAACUCUUUUUUGCAUUGUAAGAUAUUGGGGUCCAUUUUACUGAACCAAAAGUAAUAGAACCAUGUUUUAUUACCCAAACUAUCCAACUACUGAAUAACAAAAAUAGACUGUUAUAAACUCAGCCAGGCUGGGAGUUCUUUAAGGUUGGGUUAUGGGAACAUUGUUUAGAUGUUUUCCCCCUUUUUCAUAAUUCUAAAAAUUAUCAAGUACUAUGGGUCUCCACAGAAUGCUCCAAGUUGAGACUAUUUUUUUGGGAGAAGAACAAUGUAGUUUUUCCAAAACCUCAAUAUUUUCAUAAAAUAUUACCCACAAUCCUCUUGGCACAAACUACAGAUCAUACUAAAAGAGAUGUUUAGCUUCCUAUUCCAUAUUUAUUCUGUAGUGAUGUACAGUAGCUUGGAAUACGUUCUAAAUGACUUCUAUAAGGCACAGCAAAUUGUGCACAAUUUGUCUUCUGUGCCCUGUUCAAUUACUUCCACAAUACUGUUUGUUAUUCUGUACCAAUCCCUGAAAAUGCUCUUAUAGCAGUAUUUUUUUAUUCUCUUCAAUUUGUGUAAUAUGUUCUUGGAUUCAGCGGCUUGCCUCCAGAUUGUCCCGCAUUUUGGGAUCCACACUUUCUCCAUUACAUUGAAUAAUUCGCACUGCUCGUGCAGUACAUGAUGAAUUGCUUUGAGAAAAGAUUUUGUCAUUUGACCUAGAUACAACGCACUUAGAUUAACAUAACUUCCAACUUUGCAAACCCUGUGUCAAUAAGGAUAUGUUCUCGCUGCUUCGAGACAGUCUAAGACAAGGUGAUGGACAUGAUUUCAUUAUUUUGGAUCUAUUUGGCACCAGCUAAUGAUUGAAUGCAAUUUUUCUUCAUAAACUGGGUCCAAGACUACAAUGUAAACCGCAUUUAAUCUCUCAGAUUAUUAGUAUAUUUAUCACCGAUUGUAGGAAUAUUUAUCCUUCUGAUGUAUCUCCUAUCCAUGUUUUAGUACAUUUAAAGGGAUACUCCAGACACCAUAACAACUUAAUCUGAAUGCAUUUUUUUUUAUCGUACAUACCUAGAGUCUUACAGAACAGUCUUGCCUUUAUAGGGUUACUCCAAACAAAAUUUUUUUGAUGUAACCCUUGAUGGCAUGCCCCCCUCUCCCAAAAUUUUCACAGCAAAACUUACCUGCAAUUCCAUGCUGAGACACAAUCCUCCCUGCAGGGCAAUCUGCCUACAGCUAUGUCACCCCCCACACCCCUCACUGCAGACAGAGAUAUGUCCCAGAGGCUGGUCUAAGGGAGGACUUGGUGCCUCCAUGGUGGCAUGGAUGGAAGGGGCAUGCCUCCAUUGGUCAUCAGUUUCCAGCAUGCUAUUUGUACUGGCAAUGGGCGCAAGCUAUGCCGCAGAACUGGUAUUAGCAGCCCAAAAUGCUGAUACUAGCACCCCAGAACUAACCUUACCAGAGAUGGAGCAUUGUCCCUCCAUUCAGAGUUAAACCAUGUUUGAGCAGUUUAACACUCAGUAAAGGUCACUGGCCACAUACAGGCCAGCCCCUUCUAGAGGCAGAGAUUACAUACUUCCUUGUAGUUUUAUCCUUCGUACAGUCACUCGGAUCUCUGAAAGGCUAAAAGCAGUCAGCUGACUCUCUCAACCAAUCACAGAUGGCCCUUGCUGCUCAGGCUUAUACUUCCUCUUUAGCCAAAGCAGCACAGAGGGGAUGGGUUGCUCGGGACUCUGCUUUAGCAUUAAACUAUAAAAAUAUUAUGCUGAAUAAGAUUAUGGCACCAGGGAGAUCCAGACACUAUAGCUAGUUUAAUGAGAUGAAGCAGAUGCAAUGCCUACAGUGUCCCUUUCAUUAUUUGCACUGGUGGAACUAUCAGAGUUGCAAUGAACCCUUCAUGACUGUUCCUCUACCUGCCAAAAAGGACCCCAGGCUAGUCAGCCCCCCCCCCCCCUUGAAAAAUGCUUAUAUAAUAUGUAACGGAUCACCUGGCAUCCCGACUGGGUACCUCCGUUGAAGGAUGCUCCUAGCACUUCCUGAGGACUCCAAGCACUGCAGCAGACACCAAAACCACCGAACCGUAGGAGCAUAUGAAUGCUCUCAAGCAUAUGAAUGUUCUAUACAGCCGAAUAGGAAAAACCAUGCGAAUAGGUUUACACUCCUAGCAGUCAAACUGGAACAGCAUACAAUAAAUCCUCCCCCAAUAAUGAGACGACACUUCACUUUGAGGGUUAAGCAGGAACUCACACUGCCGCUGGGGAGGAAGGACGACACCUUCGGCUCCCUGGGACUCACACUGCCGCUGGGGAGGAAGGACGACACCUUCGGCUCCCUGGGACUCACACUGCCGCUGGGGAGGACGGACGGCACCUUCGGCUCCCUGGAACUCACACUGCCGCUGGGGAGGAAGGAAGGCACCUUCAGCUCUCUGGGACUCUCACUGUCGCUGGAGAUCUGGGUUGGCUGCCCAGUAUCCCUGCAGAGCCGGUAGAGAGACCUCAGUCCCAUCUCUACCUGCCAUCUGGAGGUCUUCCCAGGACCAGUCAAUGAGGUCUAGUUCUCAUUGUCGGGUAGGUUGGGGCUGCACGAAGCUGAGCAGGUGUUGGUAGUCCUGCUCCAGCUCCCACUCCCUUGUUACCAGGUGGGUCAUGUCUUUGCUCACCUCACAUUCGUCAGCCCAGACAUACAUGCCCAUCCGGUAGUCGUAGAUGUCCCAAAACCUAGACCCCUCCGUGCUGCCAAGAUCAAUGUCGUCCUCCAAGGCAUCCCAUAAUAAACCUGGGCCAUCAUAAUCAUCCCCCUCCGGUAAGUCGUGCUCGGCCGUCCAGGGGGUAAGUCGAAUGGUAUGCCACCAGAGGGCCUGGUAUGUGUUGUCUAGCCAGAUCUCUCGCCAUACCAGGGUCUCUAGUCUUGUCACCCACUCAUCCAGGGGCUGCUCUCCCAAUAGAUACAUCUGCAUCGCCACACGCUUCUGUAGCGCUGCUCAUCACUGGGGAGACUCUCACCUCGCCGCCACUGGACAUCUUCCAGGGCAUCAUACCAGAGUUCCUUUCUGUCUGCAUCCCUGUAGUCCGCGGCCGCCUCCUCCUCCUCAUCGUGGAAUGCUGUACGAAAACUAGCCGAUUCCAUCCUGCUGUAGCCAGGGGCGCUGUACGGAUACUAGCGUUGCCCUCAAUUUGUAACUCCAAACGUUACCAGUGUCUCCGAGCUGCUUCUCCUCGCACUAGGACGCCAUCCCACCGCUGCCACCAAUGUAACGGAUCACCUGGCACCCUGACUGGGUACCUCCAUUAAAGGAUGAUCCUAGCGUUUCCCGAGGACUCCAAGCACUCUGGCAGACACCACAAUCACCGAACCGGAGAAGCGUAUACCUUCUCUCAAGCAUAUGAAUGCUAUAAACAGUUGAAUAGGAGUCCAAACCCCUCCGUAUGGUUUUUGGCCUAUUCAACUGUUUAUAGCAUUCAUAUGCUUGAGAGAAGGUAUACGCUUCUCCGGUUCAGUGAUUGUGGUGUCUGCCAGAGUGCUUGGAGUCCUCAGGAAAUGCUAGGAGCAUCCUUUAACGGAGGUACCCAGUCGGGGUGCCAGGUGAUCCGUUAUAUAAUACAUUCACAUUCUAGAAUUAUGUUUUAAAAGAUGUUAUAGUUCAUGAGGGGGCACUUGGUAAGCACCCCCAGACUGAGUCAAUGAGCUCUGGACAAGAAGACUGUUCAAAUGCUCUGCUAAGGCUGAGGACCAUCAGGGACCAUACUGCAACUAGAACACCAGGGAUCAUACCCCUCUCCAUGCAGAAAGCUAAUCAGGAAGAUUGGGGGUUAAAAAAGAAAUCACACUCCAACUCCACACAUACAUAGCACACUGAGCUAAGGCCUACAUACAACCGGACUCUACAAACUCUUACAUAAUCCCACUCAGGUGUACUGCUUGGAGGAAGUGAGGAGGGACAACAAGGGGGGCAUUUCUUUAAUUCUUUCCCCUGGGACCUAGUGAUUCCUAGUUAUGACCCUGAUUAUUUGUAUUCACAUAUUGAAAAGUGAAAAUCUAUUUAUUUUUUCAAUCCAUUGUCAUGUAAAUGGAAAACCACUGUUUGCAUAGUUAACAGUGGAAAGGCAGGUUUGGCUCAUGUAGUUCCAAAACCGUGCUUAUAUCUAAAACUUGCAUAUAAAACAGCAGGCCGUUGUCGAGUGAACCUUUACAAAAUGAAGAUAGGAAAUAAUGUGUAAAGCAUUUAUUUCCAUGUAAGUGUCAAUUCUCGGUAUUGUAUUCACUGCAAUAUACAGUAUUGGGAUUCUACUAUAGAUUUAUCUCUAAACAGAACACAAUUGAUGACAGAUGAUCAAUAUGAGCCCUAUCUGUCCAUUGAUGUGUGACAAUCAAUACACAUGUACCUUUUGUGUACAGACACUUAUUAUCUUUGCUGAAAGCUUUUGGUUUCCUUGUAUGCAAAACUAACUAUGGAAGGGCAGUUCAUUGUUUAUCAUCCCUGGGGGGGACACGGCACUAGAAACACUUGUAAUAGUACUGCAACAUACACAAAACAUUGAAUAGUUUAUCACCUACAGAAACCAUGUUUGUUGCUUGGGAGCGUGCUGCCAUAAAGGAUACAAUGUAACGAAGACGCCCCGUAUCCAUGGCUGUGAAAUAAUUAAACCUAUCAGUUUUGGCAUAGGGGUCUUCUCUCUUUUUUUUGGUGACUUUUUUCAUUGCGUCCUUAAAUAUGGAUUUAUAGAAGUCUCAGGAGAAGAAUGUCCUCAAGGAAAUAUGGAACAUGGAGCUUAUUUCUAAGUGCAGUUUGUUCAGAAUGACAAGAUCCAGGAUAUUCUACAUAUAUGUAGAAAGAUUUUGUCAUAGAGUAAUCAAAUAGUAAUGGGUGUAUGCAUUUUGUUCCUCUCCAAAUAGACUAUUUCAUAAAUUAAUGUAAACGGGUAUGGCUUCUGGAAAGUUGAAUAACUUCUCAUUGAGUUAAAAAGAUUGAUAAAUAUAAUGCUGAUCAGUACUGGAUAAUUGGAAAGAUAUAUAAAUAUAUAUAUAAAUAUUUCUCAAAAUGUUCUGAAAAUGUACUUUUAUUUUUGGUCUGUAAUGUGUCGAUAUUUAGUAAAUAUUUCUAAGAUCUAAAAGAUGUCGACUUUUCUCUACCUAAAAACAUGAAGUUUAGAAGAGUGAAACAGAAUACUUUUCUGGCUCAAAAAGUGAUGUACAGCCUGAUAAAUCGUUUGGGGAAGAAAAUAAAACAAAAAAGAGCUGGCAGUUUUAAUAAAAUGUCAAAAAAUACCAAAAUAAGGCUCAAAGCUGUCUGCGACCCAGUGAUAAAUCCCUCUCACUUUUGUGAAUCUUGUAUCUGAGACUUAUACCCAAAAAGUUAAGUUCAAAGUCUCUCAACAGGAUUUUGAGUGCCAAUGUUUUCUUGGUUGCAUAGUUUUAAUUCCUUAUAUGUUGUAGCUUAGAGCUGUUUAUAUAAGCAGAUCUGGCUAACAUUAGCAAUAGGAUGUUACGUUAACCAAUUAUAGCUCAUAUACAGACAGACUACCGACAAAGGUCAGUUGUUUUUUGUGACCAUUAGCAGCAGUCUGCAUGUAAAUAGAGUAUUUAAGAACUUGUUGGAGAAUAGUUUUAAUGUACAAGCAGAGGAAACAUGGCAAGUUUGAUUCUCAAUUUCAUUGUUUUAGGGGACCAGCCUCUUAUGUAAUGUAAACUAUCAAUAUGUAUUCUGGCCACUAAUGCCUCGUUUCCACUGAGCGGUAUGGUUCUGGUCAGUACGGUUCGGAAGGGUUGGAAUGGCCCCGCCUAUUCAGGUGAGCGUUUCCACUGCAAGUUGGACCGCCAGGGGGCAUGCGGGGUUUAGACCAAAUGCCUAGCGUGUCAUUUGUCGUGAGCAUUGAUGUUUUCCUGACGGCCAAUCAAUGGAUUGUAUAGUGUGAUGCCAGUAUGGGACAUUUUCAUAAUGGAAACACUCAAAAUAGCGUUCCAGACCGUACCGACCCGAACCAUACCGCUCAGUGGAAACGAGGCAUAAGUUAUGUCCUGUGUAUGUUAUCUCCAUAAUCUGGACUUGAUGAAGACAUGUUGACCAGUUUCAAUACAAUAUUACAAUGCUCACUGGUUUAGUCUUCCAGCAAUCCUCUAAUAUACAGUUGCUUAUUAGAGAAGCCUGUACCCAUGGGUCUGUGUUAAACAUGAGUUGUAUCAUUACAAUAAACAGAUACAAGGGCUACUAAACUGGUUCAUGGAUUGCGGGAUAAAACUUACCAGGAAAGGUUAAAGGAACGUAACAUGUAUAGCUUGGAGGAAAGACGAGACGGGGGAAUAUGAUAGAAACAUUUAAAUACAUAAAGGGAAUCAACACAGUAAAGGAGGAGACUAUAUUUAAAAGAAGAAAAACUACCACAACAAGAGGACAUAGUCUUAAAUUAGAGGGACAAAGGUUUAAAAAUAAUAUCAGGAAGUAUUACUUUACUGAGAGGGUAGUGGAUGCAUGGAAUAGCCAUCCAGCUGAAGUGGUAGAGGUUAACACAGUAAAGGAGUUUAAGCAUGCUUGGGAUAGGCAUAAGGCUAUCCUAGCUAUAAGAUAAGGCUAGGGACUAAUGAAAGUAUUUAGAAAAUUGGGCAGACUAGAUGGGCCGAAUGGUUCUUAUCUGCCGUCACAUUCUAUGUUUCAUGUAAAGCCUUUUAUAACAUUGCAUUAUUAUCACAUUUAAAUGUAAUAUAACUUACUAUUAAUUCGUAAUUGUGUGUCAUAAUCCCAUUUGACAAGCUCUUUAAAAUGUUUUGGAUAUUUCUUAGGAUGGUGCUUUAAUAGAAUUGUAGAAGGUAUUUUAUUUCUGCACUAAAACAGCUACUCCUAAAACUAUAGUGUGUGUAACAGUUAGAAAUGUAAACUGCAUAGUUGCCUUGCUUAUGGUAUUUUUUAUUUUAUUUAUAUUUAUCAACAUAAAGGUAUUGCUUAAUGUUCAUGUAUUAAUAAUAUUUCUGUUGCUGUUAUUGAUCAAAUUCACAACUUGAGUCCACCUAAUGACGUAUUUACUUCUUUAUUUCUUUAACUUUCCUUUUUAACUUUCUGCAUAUUUACUGGCAGUUAGAAAUUCUGAAUGUUGCUUAUUUAAAUGGGGAGUAUCUCAGUAGUGGUUUGGAGCUUUGGCUCAAUAAGCUGUUGUGUUUUGUGGACAAAGGUAAAGAAUUUAGAAGGUCAUAUUUCAAAAGGCAUAUGGCUUUGAAAAUACAAAAUGUUAUUAAAGUUCUUUCCGGGUAUUAUCCAAUUGUUGAUAUGAUAAAAUCUGCAUUUCUACACUUUUCUCUUAUGCUUAAAGGGACACUCCACACACACACAUCUAAAAUACUUUAGCUUGUUCUAUCAAUGCAUCACUGUGAAGUGAUGCUGAUUGGCGCCGCGUGGCAUUUUUCCGCACACAAACCAUAGCCUCUCAAUGCUUUUCUGUGGGAAAGCAUUAGAUUGGUUGAGAUAAUCAAGACUCACGGCCACUAGAGGUGCGUCCGAGUGCAGAACUGGACUAGGAAUCACUUCUAGUGACCGUUUGAGUGACUGCCACUAGAAGUGUUAAGGGCAGCAACACUGCCUUUUCUCAUAGAGAAAUAAUGGAUUGGGUGUACUUUAUGCGUGGCCUAAUGCCAUUCUCUGGUCAAAUGCUGCUUUCAUCAGCAUUGUAUUGCCAGACCCUGUCUGCCAGAAAGACAGCCAUCAAUAGUGGGUUUAACCAUGCAAUGUACACAUUACAGUUUCUAAAAAAAAAAAAAGGCAACGUUUGUUACGCUGCAGAGUUAAAAUGACAGGACCACUGAACCCAGACCAUGUGAUUAAGAUGAAGUGGUCUGGGAGACUAUUUUGGUCCUUUACGGUUAUUUAACAUUCUACUCUACUUGGCACUGUUCUACUAUAGCCCCUUUAUAUUACCUUAUGACUGUUUUUAUUGUUUUUACUUAGCCUAAUAAACUCUUUUGAAACACACAUUGGAUGUGAUUUAUGCUGAUUGGAGAUCCACAUCUGCCUUGUUCUACCAUACCCCCAAAAAGGGGGUACCCUGCUACUUGUUGUACAGAGCCCCGAAACAACUCUAUAAAAUGUGAGUGAUUUCUGUAAGAAGUUUUUAACUAUUUUUACUUAUAUUUGUGCUACAAAUUUAAAGGAAAUUACCUUUUUAAUAAUUUUGUCAUUUUAUGGUGUGUAACACAUUUAUUCUAUUACAGGAGCUUUGUAAACCAUAUAUUUAUUUAUACUAUAUUGGGUCCGAGAGGGCACCUACUUUGGAGUGUUACAUGUGUACAUUAUUUCAUUGUAUUUAUAAGCACUUCUGGUAAUUUGAAUGUUAUUUUUUUUAAAUGACUGUACUUUGAAACAAACAUACGGGUGACAGAAGCUGUCUGACAGUAUAUCAACAAAUGAUGUGGUGUCUUUUAUAUUGUAACACUUGCUGCACUAUUGUUUGCAGUCAGUACAUCAGUGAUGAAGUAAAUGAGCAACUAAUCUUUAUCUUUGCAGCCAGUCAAUUAAAGGUGCUUAUUAAGAUCAAAGAUUAUUAAGAUCAAAGCAUUAGUUUUUGGCUUGAAUAACACCUUUCUUCUGAGAUGGUAUCAGCACAGGCCACUUUACAGGUUCCACUAAAUAUACUUUAAUUUUGACUAAUUAUUUUCAAAGGCUCUCUCUCUCUCUCGCUUUCUCUUUCUUUCCUUCUUUCCUUCCAUGUAGCAGCCAAGCUAAUCUGCGUGCCAAAAUAUGAUGAUAAAUCUAAUCGAAGUGAGUAAAUUUAUUUCCAAAUGCCAAACAAAAUCCUGUCUUCAGAAAUACCCACUGUACAUCAUCAUAAGUGAAGUCAGAUGCAAGUUUGGAAUGUUGAAUAACCUUGUAAGCGUUAGCUGCAAUAGCAAUAUAUAGAUUGUCACAAACUUAGGUGUAGUGAUUGGUUACUUCUUCUGCUUAGAGCAUCAUGGGGAUGUAGUCCUCAGCAACUGGAAUAGCCGGCACUUUGCCUUCCUCUGCUCUAGAGCACCUGAGUAUGAUGCGGUAUGAAAUGAACUUGCUUAUACAUAAUGCAGUAUGAUCAAAAUUGUAUAUAGCAAGCCUUGCCACGCAGAGCUUAUUGAUUGCUUCAGAAGCUAUAAAUACCAAGGGUCCCAGAGUGUACUUGUAGAAGAAGAAAUCUAUUGGUGUACAAACCCAAUAUAAAUUUCCCAAGUGGUAUCAAUAUAAUAAAUGAAAUUUCUAAAAUGUUAACUUUUGUUUCUAGUAAAUUAGAAAUAAACUUCUCAAACUGUAAAACCCAAACUAAAUGUAAAGUUAUGCUCAAUCAAUAUCUAAAUAUAAAGGAUUAUAGCUGUGAUUACCAUGUCAUAUCUAUAAAACACUAGUUUCAGGUAGACUUGUUCACAAAUGCAUUUCAAGUGGUUUGAACAAAUCAAAUUGUUAAUCUGAACCCAAACGUACGUACGUGCCCGGGAUUGACCUGUGGAGUGAGACGGAUCAUUCUUUUGGCCGUAGAGUAACAAGACUUUGAUUUGUUCGUACCAACUGAAGUGGAUUUAUGCACAAGUCUAUCUAGUUUCAGGUACACUGUGAACCAUGCCUCUCAGGGCACUAAAUUUCCAAUCUGACAUUUAAGUACUAAAUUCUAAUUAUGUCACAUAAAAAAAAAAAUAAACAAUGAAAACCUAUUCCGACAUGCUGGAGUUUAAUACGUCUAUACUUGAGAAAAAUCUGAACGUGAACUAACAAAAGAAAACUAGGUAAUCCAGGGUUGAAUGAUCUGGUCCAGUGUCUUCAUCUGUCCGAUUUAAGAGAGAGGUGUCAAUGGAAAAUAUUUUUAUUUUUUUUUAUUUUUUUUAUGUGAGUAUUAUAUAUAUAUGAUUAUUUUCUUUUGUAUUUUUAAACGUAAAGUGUCUAAAUGAGAUGCUCAACUUUGCACAAUAUUGUUUCAUCUGCCGCUAUUCAACUAGCACAACAACUGAAAAGGCUGAGAAACCCACCCUGUGUUGGAUAAUGUCAAAGUAGAAUUGAAACUUUUAAAAUAUCUAAUGUUUACAUUGUGUUUUGGAAGAGAACAAUGAUAACUAGGACAUGUUAAAGCUUUUCUUAAAAAAACAAAACCAUGCAAGUGGCUCAUAACUUGAUCGCAGCAAACUGGAAAUCCCCGAUGUGCCCAUCUCCAACCCAACUCAAAGAUAAACUUCAACAAUUUUAUAUGUACAAACACAUGUCACUAGACUCCCCAAUUAGAACUAAAAAGUUUAAAAUAACGUGGGCCCCAUGGCAAAUCUUGAUGAAUCGUAAGAAUGCUAACAGUACAACCCCUACUUGAGGCGACAUUUGACAUCUAGUGAACCAAUCCCGACAGACCUCCAGGCCUCUAGCAGCUCAAUACUAAUCUCCUAUGGGACAGUACCCUUUCUAACUAGCCUACCCCCGAAAUGAUAUGUUGAAUUUACAAGAUAAAAAUAUGACUAGAUUGAAAGGUUGAAUAUUCAAUGUGUUGACCUUGUUACUAGUUACUCGUUACCUAUUACUUGUUAACUGAUCAAAACUACUAUGUUACCCAGCUAACUAUGUAUCCAAUUGCAAGAUCCGGGGAAACCACCCUCAGAUCUCUAUAUAACUGUGCAACUUACCAAUAUGUUCCUUUUAAGUGUAUAAUUGUGCACCAAGAUAUGUCUGUACCGAACAUAUAACUAUGCAAUGGAUAUGAUUAUAUGCAAAAACGUAAAAAAAAAUCAAUAAAAUAUAAAUUGAAAAAACAAAAAAAAUGAUCAAUAAUGAUAAUAAAGAAUACGAUGGCUGAAGCUGGACAGAAAGAAGUCCAAUAUUAGUGGAAUCCUGCUGUUUGGUUCUGCAAUGACAUUAGCAAGUAUAUUCCUUAUUACUCUUAACUUUAUGGGGUUCAGAAACCUCUAACUACAUCCCUAGACGCAAGCCCUGUCUCCCUAGCCCUCUAAACCAAAAAUGAAAAUAUUGAAAAAAAAAGAAAAAAUAUUGGAAACUGGUUGUGUCUUACAUUUAAUAACUCCCACUUGCUGCAAACAGAGCGUGAAACUAAAAUCUGUUCAUAAAAUCUGGAAAAAAAAGUCAACCAGAAUUCCAGAAAACCUUCUGUCCCCAAACAAAAUUAUUUUUAAAUCCAUAUAUUCACCAGCUGAUAUAUCAAUAUAUAAUCCAGCUUGAGCACAACAUGAACAUCCAGACCUUCAAUGCUUGGGCUCCACACAGGAACUGAAACAAAAGGAGGAAACUGAAGUUCUGCAGAACAUACAAUCACAAGCCAUUGAUAUACCUGAGAACUUGCAGGGUUUCAUCCUAAGCCACAGGACUCUAGGUGAGGCGGCAAAUUCUCAGGAUUACACAGUCUGCAGCUCACGCCAUUGACAGUAGUGAGUUUGCUGGUGGUUGAGACUCCCAAUAUGCCUUUUACUUAAGACACUAUUAAAUUUAUGUAUACGCUAUCUAAAGGUUAAUAUUUGCAAGGGCCUUUAUGUUGGAUUAUUCAGGUAUGUCCAGAGAAAGGAAGAUAAAUUGCCCAACUUUAGUAGGGAUUAGCCACUUGUCUAUACUGCCAUACGCGUAGAUCUUAGUCUUCAUCUGUCCGAUUUUAAGAGAGGUGUCAAUGGAAAAUAUUUUUUUUUAAUGUAUUCUAUAUAUUUUUUUUUUGUAUUUUUAAACGUAAAGUGUCUAAAUGAGAUGCUCAACUUUGCACAAUAUUGUACUAAUAUUAAUAUUGUACUUUUACGGCAGCACCUGUAUUGUAUUGUCCCUAGGACAUAAUGCCAUAUUUCGACACACUCGGAGUAUUAGUUUGGUUUGGCAUUUAUUUUUCUUAAUAGCAAUAUAUAUUUUAUAAGUUAAGUUAAAAACUCAAGGUUAGGUACAUCUUUGCUAUUUGAAAGUGCUCUUUUUUUUUUUUUGUCAUCUGGGUUUGUCACACCUAACAGUUUUCUAUAGACCUGACUUGAUGGUGGUUUACUAUAUGUCAGACCUCAAGGAGAAAACACCAACGGGAGGUUUGAUUCUCUGCUCUUUUCCUAGAGAGACAUAGUAUGGUCAUUUAUUUAUUUUUGUCUUUGUUUAUUGCAUGCUUGUUGACCAGCAUGUCUAGGGGGCACCAUAAAUAUUUAAUGCUUUACAUUCAUCACGGUUUCACUGUGGCGUUAUAAAAAAGGCUGUAUCGUUAUCUACUGUAUUAACUCCCGUUACCCACCGUACAUUAUAUAUCUUCAUGGUCUCUGUAUGAUAUUGGUCAUUUUAAUAGCCAACAAAUGGGACUGGACACACAAAGCAGAGAGAUAUUUCAAAAGUGCCACACUAUGGGUAGCUACAUAGAAUUAAAACAUCAUCCAGUCACUCGAAGGGCUAAAUCUAACAGCAGAUAUUUAUUGGAAACAGAGGCAACACUUCGAUCCCAGUCAGAGCAUUUCUCUUUGGUUGCUUGAUUCAAGGGAGUAGAAUGUAAUCCCUAUUUAUGAGCUUUGGGGUCAGUUGACCAUUUUGCACAUUCAGUUUGCACUACCUUUCAAAGAGUUACUAUGGGAAAUACAAGUAUAUAUCUGACGAUUUUAAAUGAUUUAAUAUUUUUGGAUAAACUUUCAAUUUUUUUUUUAUAUUAACAUAUCAAAAAAUAUAUCAUAAUAUUAAAUCAAUUUAAAAGUUUAUUCAAAAUUAUGGCGUUUAUCCAAAAUUAUGGCCAUUAUCGGACAUCUGAAUGAGCAAAACACUACAUGCUAAGGUUAAUAUCAGAUAUUUGUGACCAACAAAGAUAAACUUCAAGUUAUCAUUUUAAACAUACACAGCAGCAAGGAUUUUGCUUAAGAUGUUUUUACCUCAAAACUCUGCCAAGGGUUUGGGGCAAUUUCAGACAAUGGCUGGAUACAUGAUCCAUGUAGUUCACUUUUCCUUGAUUCUUUUCAAAAGAAUGUUCUGAGCUAAGGGGACCACUCCAUAAUGAUAAGAUGAGCACAGAUGCUCUUUAGAUGUGUUUUUGGGUCACUGCUGUAAAUUGAUAUCCAACAAUUCCAUCUGUGCAAUUGCUGUACUCUUGCCAUUCACAUCAACAUAACUCAGUGAGCUGGCAAUUUCCCCACUGCCAUACAUAAAACAAGCAGGAGGAAAUGUUUGUCAUCAGGAUAAUAUCUGUAUGUGGCCAGUUCUUCAAUUGCUCUCUGAAUCUACAGGCUCUGUGCACAUUAACCCCUUAAAGACACAUGACGGAAAUAUUCCGUCACGAAUCCCUUUUAUUUCCUGAAACUGUGUUCUUAAAUGUUUAUAAAGUUAAAGGAUUUAAGGAAAUGCAUUAUUUUAAAUGUAUUGCUCCAAAAACAAAUUUCUGGUUAUGUAUUUUUGUUAUGCGUUAUAUUAUAGUUUAGCUAGUCUUAUAAGCCUCUCCUAUUCCAUAGCUUUCCUGUAAGACUUCAGCCAUGGCAAAUGUGACAUUUAUCAACUAAGGCACGGGUAGGCACUUUUUGCCAAAACAAGAUCUUGAUGUCCCUUGGCAUACCGAUCUAAUUUGUUUCAAACUGAGGUGUGUAUGUUGCCAUAUUCUGCUUGUGUUAUUUAUUGGUGGUGCAGUUACUUUGUAGCCUUGUAUUUGGACGUUUGUUGGCUGUUAUAUAUGUUUGAGUAGUUUGUGGUAUUCUGUACGAUACCUAUGAAUGUGAGCUGUGUAUAGGGGAUGCUUGUGGAAUUGUGUGUGUGUGUGUGUGUGGAUGAUAUGUCAUGUUGUGUGUUUGGUGUGCAUGUGUGGGAGUUGCUUUUUUUUUUUUUUUUCAGUUUACCCGUAUUGAAUCGGGACUUUAUUUUCUUGGCACACUUCCUUUUGCAUAUUUAUUUCAUUACUUUUUUCUCCAUUGAUGGUCAGUGAUUCUGACUAAUUGAUUUAUUAUGUAUUUUUGAACCAAUUUUGUACUCACAGAUGCUUUUAUUUAUAUGUAUAGAUCUGAAUUUGUAACAGUUAGGUGAUUCACCCCUGUGAAUGUGUUAUACAUGUUACCUUCCACGCGGAGUUGCAACACGCUGCUUCUUUUUAUAGAUACUGUUGCUUUGUCCCAACCUGAGGUUUAUAUGUAUCCCGGUUAUGUAUAUACAUUUAAUAUUGCACUGAGAUUUUUCUUAUUUUUAUUUUUGUGUCCUUAACAUAUUUGCAUUAUUUUAUUGUUAGCCUUUAGAAUGUUGUGGGGACUAUGGGAGUGUUUGUGUGUGGGCUGUUUGUUUUCUUUGUGUGAAGGGGAGGCUUAUUUUGCAUCUCUGUGUAAAUCUAGCAGUGUGGGUGGCUUACCUGGGGUCCAGUGGGGACUGGGAUGGCCAGGUGCAGGUCAAGGGCAGGAGCUUCUGUGGGCUGCUCUACUCCAAGUUGGAUUUCCUUUACAAGUGCUGAGAGGAAGUGAUCUGAGAUCACUGCCUUUAAGUGCUGCAAUGCAUAAAUUGAGGAUUGUCCUCAAUCACCAGUAGGUUUGUAGCUAUAUGAAGUCCCACUAAGACUCCUGAUAGGCCAGAGCCUGUGUGACUCUGGCAGCCUUGAGUGCUGUAGGUUGAGGACCUUUGAACUAAGGCAUAAAAGGAAACCGCAUCACUGUUGUACUUUCACAUAUUACAUAGUUACAUUGCUGAAAAGAGACUUGCGUCCAUCAAGUUCAGCCUUUCUCACACAUGUUUAUGCUGUUGAUCCAAAAGAAGGGAAAAAACCCAGUCUGAAGCGCUUCCAAUUUUGCAACAAACUAGGAAAAAAUUCCUUCUUGACCCCAAAAUAGCAGUCAGAUGUCUCUACCCCACUAAUUAGAAAUGAUAUCCCUGUAUGUUAUGUUUUUGCAAGUAUUUAUCCAAUUUCAGUUUAAACAUCUGUAUGGACUCUGACAAAACCACCUCUUCAGGCAGAGAAUUCCAUAUCCUUAUUGCUCUUACUGUAAAAAAAAAACCUUUUCUUUGCCUUAGAUGAAAUCUCCUUUCUUCCAGCCUAAAUGUGUGACCUCAUGUCCUAUGUAUAGCCCUGUUUAUGAAUAGAUUUCCAGAUAAAGGUUUGUACUGGCCCCCAAUAUAUUUGUAUAAUGUAAUCAUAUCUCCACUCAGGCACUGUUUUUCCAAACUGAACAGAUUUACAUUUUUUAACCUUUCUUCGUAACUAAAAUGCUCCAUUCCUUUUAUCAAUGUUUUAGCUUGUCUCUGCACUUUUUCUAGUGCCAUGAAAUCUUUCUUUAGAACAGGUGUCCUUUAGAACAUAUGUGUGAGAAUAAAAUUAAUUCAGAUCGAGAGGAUCUUAGAAGAGAUCAGGAUCCCCUUAGGAGCUCAUGUGAUGCCUCAAUCGUGAGUCUUGGUGGGAAGGAUUUUGCAAGUGUAAGCUCAUUAAAGACUCGACUUUUGAAAUAUUUUGCCAUAAUCUGGCAUGCAUUCAAGGCACGCUAGUCCCUAUUAUUUUUUUUUGUGUUUGUCUUUGCAUUGCAUUUUAAUUUUACUGAAUUUGUAAAGCAAUAUGAUUUAUUUAUUUUUCCAUGAAGAUUCUAUCAUGAAAAAAAUCAGAAGUCAUAGUGUUGCAUCUGAACCAGAUAUAUAAAUACAUUGAGUGACAUCAAUCAAUCAGUAGCUUGUUGGUGAAUAGAUUUCUUCCUACUAUUGUCUCAUUAGCCGCUUCACAUUUAAGUAAUAUUAAAAAAGGAAAAUGUUACAUCUCGCUAGAGGCGUUUGCGUGCUUCGCACUGUGAAAAUCACAGUGAGAAGAUGCCAGCGUCCAUAGGAAAGCAUUAUGAAUGCUUUCCUAUGAGACUGACUGCGCGUGCAGCUCCUGCCGCGCAUGCACAUUCAGCCGAAGAGGAGGAUCGGAGGCAGAGAGGAGUAAGUUUAACCCCUUUCCUCUCCACAGAGCCUGGCAGGAGUGGUACCCUGAGGGUGGGGGCACCCUCAGGGCACUAUAGUGCCAGGAAAACGAAUAUGUUUUCCUGGCACUAUAGUGGUCCUUUAAAACUGCCUGUCUCAGCAAACAAAUAAGGGGAUUCAGUUCAUAUUGUGGAACUGAAUACCCAUAUUUUUUUGCUGCUUAUGCUCUACAGCAGAGGUGCCUGAUAGGUAAAUCCCCAAAUGUUAUAGAACUACAACUCCCAUGAUGCUUUGUCACUCUUUAAAAUCCUUUUAGAAUGACAAAGCAUUAUUGGAGAUGUCGUUUUAAAACAUCUGGACAUCUACUUUUUUGGCUCCCCUGCUCUACCGGAUGCUAUUAAAAGCAGAGCUAGAAACAAGCAUUUGCUGCAGCACCAAGUACUCUAUUCAGUCUCACUACGGUCCCUAACUAAUAGAGGGAUAUAAUUAAAGAGUACUCUUCUUACAAUACCUACACACAUUCACAUAAGUCUUAACUUACAACAAGGAGGACUCAGCAUCCAACAGGGUAGGAUGCAAGCUGGGUACCAUAAACCAUUUAUCAUAGAGAGUAACUUUCCUUUACACAAUCUUUAUAUAGUUUAAUGCUGCAGCUCAGUGUGUCCCGUACCCAGCAGAUGUUCAUUCCUGAUACUCUCAUGUUUUGAUUGUUUUUCAUAUCUUCUAGAUUAGAUGGACAUUCUCUGAAUAACAUGGUGACUUAAUCUUGGGCUUUUCUCUGUUGUAUUGUUCUUUGCUGGCCAAGUAUGCCACAUUGGUUGAAUUUACAACUCCAGUCAUGAUAUUUGGAGUGUUUUAGCUCCAGCAUUAUUAUUCUUUCUCUCAAUCAAUAUAUAUAUAUAUAUAUAUAUAUAUAUAUAUUUCUAAAACAUGACUUCGCUUUUUACGGAAUACACCUUUCUGAUCUUAUCAUGUUGUUGAACUUAUAAGGCCUUGUAUUCAACGUAGACCAGUAUUUACCCAUACUAUUUAUUUUUAUCCUUUUUUUUUUUCUCAGAUCAUCUUGUGAUUAACAACCAAAUCGGGUGAGCAAGCACCCAGUAUUCAGCAGGUUUAAAAGGGAUUCAUAUACCAAUCUGAAAAAGCUGAAAAUCUGCAGCAGCACACAGAGACAGGCUCAAAAAUUCGUUCAGGUUAUGGAACAAUCUGUUCUGCAUUUUGUAGCAACAAGAGAUACACUGCAGGGAG